UGUUGUCCAUAAAUUCCUUAAACAUCAUUAUGUAUGAUAAACAUUUUGAGGAAAUCUUGAAUUUUAUAAAUACCUAUGACAAAUUAAUAAAUUGUCAUAUAGUUGAUUUCAUCACGGAUAACUUGUGGAAGACAUGUUUACCAAAUGAACUGAGAUUGGAAUUAGAAAGAAAUGAAACAAACUGCAACCAUUGGACAGAAGAUGACAGUCAUCCUAUACUUAAUCAAUUUAUAAAAUUGACUAAAUCUCUUUCUUUACAAUCAUGUUCCACAGAAAUAAAUUCAAAGGAUCUUAUAGAUGUAUUACCAAUUAUCAGCAAUUUAAAUAAACAUAAAUGUGAAGGCAUAAAAACAGAAUUUAUGAAUGUUAAAAAAUCACACGAGGUUGAAUGUCUGGGGAACAUUGUAGGAACAGUAGCAGCAUCAACCAAGAGCUUGGUAAUAGAUGCUGGGGCUGGUAAAGCAUACUUGUCUACCUUCUUAGCUAAAACUCAUAAUGUUCCUGUCCUUGCAAUAGAUUCUUCUCAAUCCUGUCACAAGGGAGCAAUUUGUAGACAAAACAAAUUAAAAAAAAAGACAAGAGAUUCUAAAAAUUUGGUUCAGUAUGUUGUGAACGAAAUAAAUGAAACUACAGACUAUAUAGCAAUGAUAAACAAUAACUUUCCUGAAUGGAAGUUUGAUAAUAAUCUUAUAUUAACUGGUUUACAUGCUUGUGGUUCUCUUACUCAUUCAGCUAUCAAAACAUUUUUAACCACAAGAGAUAUUCAGCUUUUAUGUAUUGUACCCUGUUGUUAUCAUUUGACAGAUGAAACUUUAAACGAGAAUAUUAAUUUUUCGAAAAAUGCUAGAAUGUUGGCACAACAAUCCAUUGAAAGAAGUACAAAAAAGAAGUCUAUGUCUUCAUCAUUGUUCUACAGAGCAGUUUUGCAAGUGAUUCUUCAUUCCAUGGGUAUUUAUAACGCUAGAGUAGGACGCGGGGGACCUUUAAACGACUUUCCGAGUUACGCUCGAUGGGCACUCUUAAAAAUUGGAGUACAAUCUCAAGAGAUUCCAUCUUCGGAGGCGUUAGAAAGUAUUUAUAAAUUACAUAAACAGUUAUCUAAACAAUUUUACAUGUUCCAAAUGUUGCGAAUACACACGAGUAUUGUAUUGGAAGCAGCAAUCAUGUUGGACAGGAUAAUGUUCUUACAAAAGAGUAAUUUGUGCUCCAAACUUGCUGUGUUACGUUUAUUUGAUCCCGUUUUGUCGCCCCGGAAUUAUGGCAUCAUGGCAAUAAAAUAAUAUAAAAGUACAACCUAUGCAAGAAUUUUGAAUAAUUGUUUCAUACACAGUAUGAUAGUUAAAAUGUUGCAUUGAAGUAUCAAUUAAAUAAUUCCACAAAUGUUAGAACGUUGUGAUAAAUAAUACAUCUCGUAUGAAUUCAAUAGAAUCACGAUUUAUGAAUUUCAGUGGUUUGAAGAUAGUCCAGAACAGAUGUAUAUCCCUCUUUUUGCACUAUUGUGGCUAAAAUUCCUGUUGGACGAAGACCACUCCUAGUUCUGCAUAUACUGCAAUUACAGAGACCACGACA